AUGAAUAGAAAAAUGCCAAUUAUUGAAGAGUUUUAUUUUGUUAAGACCAAAUCACCAUUAAUAAUGCCAAUCGCAGGUGAUCCUUGUAAUUUAUUUAAUGAAACGACUUUGGAUUGCUCUUGUUCAAAAUAAAAUCGAGAAGAAUAAUAUUUAAGAAAGUUUAAGAAUGUGAUGAUUGAAGAAGAUUAAUAAAAAUAAAAAUUCUUGAUUCUCUAGAAAGAAUUAUCUUUGUAUUUUGAAACACUUAGGAAAUUUAAAUUAUGA